AUGGUCAGCGCGCCGCUCCGUCUAACGGGCUUCACCAAGACCUCUGCUCUCGUCUACUUCUUCCUGUCGGCUGGUCUCUUCGCUAUCUUCUGUCUCGCCGAGCUACGCUGGUUGCACUGGCAGAAAGAUGCGUAUACGGGCGCGACGGGCAGGGACCCGGUGUAUGCUGGGAAGGGACUCGUCUGGAAUAGUCCUAGGGGUCCGGGGGAGGGGUUUCUUUAUAAGAGGGCCUUUUUGAGAGCGCUGCAGCAGGUGCAUUUGUGGAGUGUUAUUCCUGCUGGGAUUUUGCUGCCGUUACAAUUUCUUCCUAUUGUGAGGAGGAAGUAUAUUACUUUACAUCGAUGGGCUGGAAGACUUUUGUUUAUCCUGUUGAUGAUUGGGAAUAUCACUGCGUAUAAUCUUGGUAUGAACGCUUUCGGUGGAAUGCUCGAUACAAGAAUGUUCACGUUGAUUUUGUUGGUUUGUACAACCCUCUCAGCCUACAAAGCGUGGAAAGGAAUUCGUGAUCAUCGAAUUGAUAUUCACCGAGCAUGGACUAUUAGGUGUUGGUCUUAUGUUGGAUCUAUCCUAUCUCUCAGAGUAUGGAUGGUCAUAUUGAUUGUCGGCAUCAUGAGAAUUGCGCCAGAUACAUUCUACGUCGCCAUUUCAUGCGCUAAAAUGGAAUUCAUGUUUCCAGACCCUGUGGACCGAGCAGCCAUGUACGAACGCCAUCCAAGUUGCUUUAACCUGACCACUGCGGCAAGCGAGAAGACUUACAUGGGAAUAAGCGCGAACAUGAAGCGUGUAAACCUUGAAGAGACUACUGCUAUAUUAUCUUUGGUAUUUGGACUUGCGGGAAUGAUUGGGCUCAUUAUGAACAUUGGGUUCGUGGAGACUUAUCUGAACUUGACGAGAGAUGAUGAUGAGAGAUUGAAGAAAUUUAGUAUGGCGAAGAGGAGAAAGUUGGGAUUGGAGAAGCCUGAGGGGAAGGAGGAGUGA